AUGCCGGAUGAUCGGUUCUGGGUCUUUUCUAUUUGCACUCCCUACGGCGAUGUAUUGGUCAAUAUCGGCAACCUAGAAGCUCACUUGCCCGGAAAGUACCUCAUGAAGUACGACAACCGUGAGUAUGGCCUUGAUACAAAGAACCCACCGGCUGGUUUUGUUGGUUUGAUCAAGUUUCCAAUGGCAUAUGGCCUUUCAAAUAUGCGUAUUCUUACAAGCCGCACAAAUGAGGACCUUGCUGCUAUUUGGGCGCUACAGGCAGGUUUCUCUGUGGAGGCACAGGACCGUCCGGGAAACCCCGUGGCACCUGCGCUCAACUUUUCCAUGUUCCGUAGCCAGGAAUAUCUCCCCGGCGUCAAUCAGACAUUUGAAGAGGCUGUGCUAAAGGUCGCUGCGAAAAUUGCAGCAUACAAUCCUCCUUACGUCACUGGGGAUAGACUCUGGGUUAAGACAAAAUUGGCCAAGGCCGGUUUUAAAAACGAUGAAUUCAUUCAGCCCAAGGGUUCAGAUAUCGGUUUAGCUGUUGCUAGUGCUAAUGAAACUGUGGAACAGUUCACUGCUAAGCCCGGUGUGCUACAUGAUGUUGGCAACGGCUGGGUGAUCCAUGACCACCAAUACAUUGGCCUCUACAAUUCGAACUAUGAAAUGCGCUACCAAGUAGCCUCCUAUCUAUAUCUUGGCCUUGCCGAUGACCAGUGCGUUUACCCUAGCCGGGCCGAGGAAAUCAGCGUCGAUCAAGGGAAGUCAAUUCUCUUCACUUUUGCCGCAGUGCCAAAGAUCAAAGAGGGUGGGUUCUGGAGUCUUACUGCAUAUGGUCCAGACCAAGACCUUAUCGAGAAUGACUUGAACCGGUACUCUCUUGGUGACCGUGAUGCCCUAACCUUUCCGGACGGGUCAUUAGUCUCUGAUGGAGAAGGGUCGUUCCAGGUUCUCCUUCAGGCUACAGAUAUUGAGCCUCCCGCUAAUUGGACCAGCAACUGGCUUCCCAUCACUGCCGGUGGAUCGAACAUUACUGUUACCUUGCGAUGGGCAGAGGUCUAA